AUGCCCUCGUCUACGCGGCGUCGCCCUCGGGGUGCCGCCCGACACGGAGCAAACCAGCUUCGAAACGCUUUUUCCGCUCUCGACAUCCAGCGCACUGCAGACUCUGGAAGCGACAGUUCUGACGACCAAAUCCGUCCUCGUGCCCUUCAUGUGGCCAAGAGCUUCCCUCCUCCGCGUUCUUUCGGUGACGCCGAUGAUGAGUCUCAAUCGUUCUCUGGAUCCGGCCCUUCCAACUCGGAUGGCAUGACCGGACGAGACAACACUGGAACUGAUACUUCCGUCACUCAGGAGAUCCCUCACCAGGAGCAGAUCUCUCAGCCUCUCAUCAACCCAGAGGCCAUCCAGGACGCCUCCGGUCAGGAGUGGGACGCUCAGUCCUGCUACCCAUCCGAGGCUUGUGUCUUCGUUGCAAACCUCAGUCAGAAUUACGAUGACCUGACCCUCCAGUCCGCCGUUACCAAGGUGUUCAACCUGUACGGCACUGUCUUUGUCAAGAUCAAGCGCGACAAGCGUCAGAUGCCUUUCGGCUUCGCUCAGUACACCAAACCUGAGGAUGCUGAGAAGGCCCUCGCCAACCUCCGAGGUGUCGAGAUCCUUGGCCGACCCGUUCGCGUUGAACGAUGCAACGCCAACCUGAUUUUCCUCAUCAUCCGUCGCAACAAGGGCAAGGUGUCCCACAACGAGGCUCGAGAUCUCCUCUCUCCGUUUGGAGCCAUCGCCAAGGUCGAGGACCUAGACCCUGCCACACAGGAGCGUCUUGGUCUCUCGCCCGCCGUUCGUGUUCGAUUCGAAAGGUUUGAUCCCCGACGUGAUGUCAUCAGAGGCGUUGGUGACAACACCCCCUUUGUCAUCAUCAACUUUGAUUUCAAAGUUGCUCAGGAUCCCUCUGAGCGAGAUCCCCACGACGUCACCUGCAUGAUCACUUUGGAGAGAGACAGUCGUUCCGUCUUUCUCGGUUCCCUACCAGCUCAUACGACUGAGUACCUUGUCCGCGAGCUGGGUUCGGGGUGCGGAACAAUUGUCAGUACCCAAAUUAAGCAGUCAGUCGACGGCAGCAACGGAAUGGCUAGCUUUUAUGCCUUUAUCGAGUACGAUCAUCCCAACGGCCCUGACAAGGCUAUCGCCAAGCUGGCAAGUCCUCCCCGAUGUAACGGCUACAGAAUUGGUGGCACUUCGCUCCGCUGCGAGCGUCGACGCACGAAGUCCCUUCACGCAACCCCAGCUGGUUCCACUGGACCCUAUGGCACGGUUCCCCCGAACCGACCUCAUCGACGAAAUGCAUCGGCGUUCGCGACUGCUUUUGUCACUCCCAACAACGAUGCUGGCUCUCAGAGACGUCGCUCUAAGGGACAUCAGCGAUCUGCUUCUGUCUACGAUGUUCUUGCUGGCCCCAAGACUGCUGACUUCUCGAUGGGUGCCUGGCCACCAAAGGACGAGUCUCCCUAUGAUCAGUCUCAGCCCAAGGGACAGUCCUUCCGAAGAUCGUCAUCCUACCGCCAGUCAUCUGUGUAUGAGCCCUCCUACAUUGAGUUGCAGAGCGGUCAGUCUCCAUACCAGGAGACUUCAUUCCGGAAGCCCACAUACGCUGGUUCUGAGUACCAGCAACUGCAGUACCAGAGACUGCAAGCAUCGCCCCUUCUCCAGGCUCACAGCCCGGAAAUCCUGCAGCCUGAGCCUCUGAGAAUUACAGCUCGUCGUCUCUUCGACCUUGAGGAGACUACUGCCAUGGGACCCCCAUCUAUCCCAGCCUAUGCUCCGCUGGCUUCUGUCGACAUGCUAAAGCCCACCGUUCACUGGGCACCUUCUCCUGAUAUGUCUUCUACUGGAUCAUCUGACUUUGAGCGCAACCCUUACCUUUCUAACGCCUAUCGUGCUUCCACACUCGGUCCCUCGUUUGGUCAGCGCAUGGCUGGUCAUCGUUCUGGUGCUCGCCGCUCGGUCACCAACAUUUUCCCUUCCAUCGACGAUGCUGUUGCUCGUGCCAGUUCGACCUUGGAGGAGUCUGAGGAUGCAAAGAUCCAGAGCACACUCGCAAAGGCCUUCACUCGUUCUCACCAUCUGUCCGAAGAGAACCUGAAGCACAACAACAAGGUGGAGGAUGAUCUCCUCAAGCGCACUGCUCGAUCCGAGGAGCACCUUCGACUUGGUCGCCUCAACCUUUCCUGCGACGAUCUGAAGAGAAGUGCCAAGGCUGAUAAGGGUGAGAAGUCUAACAAGGUUGUCAAAGCUGACAAGAACAAGACUCCCAAGACUCCCAAGUCUUCCAAGAAGAAGGCCAAGGAUCAGGCCCCUCAGAGCACUGUCGACGCUCUCGCUUCCGGUGGGCACAACAACCUUGUCCCUCAGGGCAUGAUGCCACUGCCUUACAUGUCGAUGGUUCCGCCUUACCAGCAGGCUUUCGCAUACCCAGGAGCACCCGGCGCGCAGGUGACGCAGCCCCAAGGAAUGAUGCAUCCUAUGAUGCAAGCUCAGAUGGCGAAUGCCCAAGUCCAGGCUAUGCAGGCCCAGAUGAUGGCAUCCCAGAUGAUGUCGUCUCACAUGGCGCACCCUCAACUUAUGCCUCAGAUGAUGCCCCAGGGAAUGACUCCUGGAUUCGGCUACAUGCCCGCUGCCUACCCUCAACAGGCACAGUACCAGAACGCUUACGGCGCCAACAUGAUGUACACCGGUAACCCAGCCUAUCCGUACGUUAUCGUCGAGUCACCUACCCGCCAGGCCAAUGUCACCGAGCAGGUUGACAUCUAUGAGGAUGGCCAGAACGAGGAGUCUGAGGAAGAGACUUCUGAGCAGCAGACCGAGGAGGCCUCUACUGGGUAUGAGGACUCUGCGUUCUCCGACUAA